GAUCGGUUGCGCUUAGAUGCAGGUUUAUCGUUUAAACUUGGACUUUUCGCGAUCGGAAGAUUUUUUUUUUUAUAAAUGUUGUGUUUUUAAGUUAAAAUAUUAAGAUUUUUCAAACCGUCCUCAAUUUUUAAUUUAACUUUUGUGCAUAGUGACUUUACCCAAAAAAAGCUUGAAAGGUCAAUAAAAUCAGUAUACUCGUACAAUUUCGAGAAGAAGUUUUUUUAAUAAUAUUAAACUAAUUUAUUUGAAGCAUCUUUAUUCAAGCUAAAAAACUAGGACACUUGCAAUUUCUUCAAUCCAUUCGAAAUGGGCAUACGAUUUGAAGUUAUUUAUGAUGAUAACCCUUUAGGGAUAUACUAUGCUGGACAAAUAGUUAGAGGUCGAGCAAUAAUUCAUUUAGAAGAAUCGAUGACAGUAAAGGGUGUCAAACUACGUAUGCGCGGAUAUGCCAAAGUUAGAUGGGAUGAACAUGCUGUACCCUCGGACUCAAAAAACACACCAGUUAUUGGUUCAUAUUACAGAAGUGAUGAGGAGCGAUUUUUUGAAAACACCACAGAUUGUAUUCAUGCCAAAGAAUGUAUAUCAGAUUUGCCAGCUGGAACACAUACCUACACAUUUGAAUGCCCUUUGCCUCCAAUGUGUCCUUCGACUUUUGAAGGUACUUAUGGCCGCAUACGUUACGAUAUAAAAAUAAUUGUAGAACGACCGUUAUUGUUUAACAAGUCACAUUCUAUGGAAUUAAAUGUACUUCAACCUUUAGAUCUAAAUCGGCUUCCUGUCUUGCGUAUUCCAGCUAAAAUGGAAGUCCUGAAAUAUUUUUGUUGCGGUCCAUGCAUCUCAAAACCACUUGUUCUUUCUCUUGGUAUACCACAAACCGGCUAUGUGCCAGGAGAAUUGGUUCAUUUUAUUGUUAAAGUUGUCAACCACAGUAAAAUAAUGGUGAGACAAGUGCGACUGGUGUUAAAUCUUGUAGCUUUAUAUUCAGAAAUAAGACGCAAAGAAACUUGGACUGAAAAAAUUCCUAUUGUUAAAAAGGAAUUUGGACCAUUUGAAACAGAUGAUUUUGAAAUUAAAGAUACAAUUCGAGUUCCACCAACACCAAUAACCAGUGAAGAGCAUUGCAAAGUUAUAAAAAUUACCUAUGAAAUAGAAGUAACAGCCAAUUAUAAUGGAGCGCACAAAUCGUCAAAUGUUUCGAUUCCAAUUACAAUAGGAAAUGUCCCUUUUAUCGCAAACUUGAAUGGAAUAUCUGAAGACACUGUAAUUUCAAUUUUAAAAAAUCGAAUUUCAACUGGACGUCAUAUAAACUUGAAUUUUGAAAUGCCAUCACCUUCGUAUAAGAAAGCGUUGUAUGUUAAAUCAUUAAAACCAACAAUCCUCAAGGAAACGUCUUUUAUACCGAGAUAUCCUUUCUAUAAAUAUUGAAUUUAUCCGUAUGAGGAAAAAUGACAGGUUUCUGCAGACACUUAUGCAAAAAAAAAGUUAAUAUUUCAAUUAAGGUUGCAGUACGACAAGGUUUUCAUAUAAAUUUGCCGUCUGUGAAAAAAGUGUACAGUGAAAAAUUUUAAAUUAACGUCAAAUAUACAUAUGUACAUAGUACAUAUGUAGUUCGAAAAUGUAAAUAAAAAUAAGGCAAUUUUACUGACUCAGUCAGAUUACAAAAAUGAUUUUGAGCUCAAAUCCAUUAUUAUUAAAGACAAAUAAGCUAUUAAAUAUUAUAAAAUAAAAAUAAAUAAAUAAUAAA